GGAAUAGCCGGUCAGCUCGCUGGGGUUCAAGCCUGCUAUCAGAUUUGAGUCUCAAACACACCCACACAAACCGAUGCUAAGUGGAGGGUACCACGGGUUACACGCCUGUAACGUAGCUCACACAUUCACUGGCGCAAACAGGAGCGCAAGAGCAAAGGCACAGUCGACCCUUGAAGACGGCUCAGAAAAAAUUACUCAACCAUGUACGUGUCUUCAUGAUGAGCGACCUUCAACUCUGCACAUGCUCAAACCGAGGAAUGGAAUAAGUUCAACUGUAGACACAAACAAUCGGCCUGUUUGACUGGAAACAAGUCAGACUAUGAGCCGGUACCAGAGAUGCCCGUAAGAAGGCAUCCCUACAGGCUGCAAGCCUAGCUACGCCAACUGAACGCUGUUUAGAGGAUGUGCUGCUGAUCAGACGUGACGUCUCGUUCCUCUUCCACCUCUCUAAAACGUUAUUAACGUUGAGUGUGAGACCGUGUGUGGGGUGAAUAAUGGUGGCAAAAAAUGGUGCCUGAGCAUCGCAUCCUGGUGCAGUGUGUGCCAAAAGGGGUGAGGUUCUCUCAGAAAAGUACAACAGCUGACUGAUAGUCUGCUGCCGAUAAUGGAUGCCAAGUUAAAAGAGGACCUGUUUCGGAGGUAUGUGACGGCACUGGAGAGGCGCCUGGAGGAGGGAGGGGAAUACAGAGGGAUUGGAGCUGCACCAGAGGGGGACAAAAGCAGACACAAGGACAGUGAGGCCCUGCUCUCCACAGCCACAGCUCUGCUAGGGGCAUACCAGCCAGAUCCUGCACAACGUUUCCGCAUGGUGCGUUUCUAUGAGGUGGUGGAGAACUCUCUCCGCUGCCAGAGAGGGGGCAACCUCAGGAGCCUGGAGAGAGCCUUUCAUACUCUGGAAACCAUCUGCACCAACCUCUUACUCUUCCCCUGGAAGAAGGAGUUCAGAUGUAUAAAGACCUUCACUGGCCCGUACGUGUACCAUCUGCAGUCAGCCAUUUCUGAAGCUGAACUGCGAUCUGUAAUGCGCACCAUUGGCUACGCGGUUGACCAUGAUUCGCAGUUCCAUUUGCAGGAGCACCCAGGAGGAGCAAAUCAUCUGCGCCAGUUGGCGUUUGAGCUCUUCCUGGCCCAGGCAGAGUGUCGUCUUCUGGGAGAGGUAGUGGCCCUGGCCCGCGGUUCAGCCUCAGAGCUGGAGGCCCUGGAACUCCGCAGGGGUUGCAGAGAUGACGCAGCUGGCUGUGCCGAGGCGCUCCGCAGACGUGAUAGCCUUGGGGCAGAUAUGGCUCGUCUGUCUGUGCGGCCGAUGGAUAUAGAAAGGCCUCAUGCCCACCACCUGAGGCGAGGUAGCCGACCAUCUAAGUCUGUGGAUGUUACGGAUGGGGCUGGUCACUGGCAUCCAGCAGUUAGCAAGCCUGUCUUAAAGGCCUCAUUGAGUCUGAGGAAGGAGCCCCUGUUUGUGGAUGCAGAGGAAGAUAUGAAGGAUGAGAUCAUCAGGCCCAGCACCUCAGCAUCUCUCUUCUCUGUGGUAGCCCCACCUUCCUACAGCCCUGUUGCAGAUUUCUUCCCAAUUCAGUCGCCUCCCCCGGCUGAUGUUUACACAUCCUACCACCUGUCCUCUUUGGAUGAGAUUGACUUGUACACUGAGAGGGGCGGUGCUGGGACAGGGGGAAGGCAGACUCCCUCUCGACCUCCAUCCAGAGAGCCUCGGGAUGCAAGAGACGGGUGGCUGCUCAAAGCUCAUGGUAGUGUGAAGUGUCAAGGUUGUGGGCUGAGCUGCUCAACUAUGGCUGCCUGCCAGAGGUGUGACAUGAUCCUCUGUUCUGCCUGUCAUGAUGUGGACCCCUCCCCUUGCUGUGGCCUCCAGGACUACCACCCCAAAUCCCCACGACCCCUUGAUGGAUACAUCCCUGUCAAGGAAAAGCUCUCUGUCUACUCGAAUACCCACUCCCACUCCCAUCUCCACCCGCAUCCCCUCACACUGACUCACUCGCACUCUCACCCCCACCCCCAGAUGGUGGAAAAAACCCUCAUGUCCACAAAGCUGUUUGCAAGCAAGUCUGUUGCCCUGACAACACCAAAGGGAGUCAGCAGUGAGCGAAUAAGCUUGGGGGGAUCGCGCUGCGGGUUCUGCAACAAGCCAGGUGCAACGCACACCUGUGUGAACUGCUCUAAGGUGUCCUGUGACUCGUGCAUGGGCUUGUAUGCAAAGGAUAUCUGCACACGAAAGAAUCCGCAGCACAGCUUUGUGCCCAACCAUCAGCUCAACUUCAAAUCUGGCACUAUAUCUCACCUGGUGUACCGAUGAAUCAGGCAGACUGAAUAUUUUUUCUCCCCUCUCAUACCUCCCUUAACCCCACGGUGUAAUCUUGCACUACUGCUUUAGCUCUGUUACCACUUAAACAACUCACUCUCUUGCCCUUUAUCUGAUGGUCUUUUUCGCUCUCUCUAACAUUCUCUUGAACUUUGUACGUUUUUCUCUUGCUGUCAGUAGGACCCUGGAAUGCACACGCCACAGAGAGCCAGAUCGUGUGCCCUUCUCUCUGCCUUGUACAAGUUCAGGCCUUUUUAAUCUAUUUCUUCUUCUUCCUUUUACCUUGAUACCUGCUCUUGAGUAGUCAUGUGAUGUUGUAGCGCUUCCCAAAUUCCUUAAAUGUUGUCCUCCUCAAAAGGGAAACUAGAGAAAAGAGAGUUUAAUUCCUUCUCAUCUUG